ACAGUCACAGACUCACAGUUACUCCGUUUGGUCACCUAGCUUUCAGUUUAUGAACAGAGGGUAAUGGCAUCUUUAACCCACCUGCUAUCUGCCACAUCGGCAGUUACUUUGCAACAUGCACGUCAUAAACAGCUGCAAUUGGUGAAAACCCAAAAAGUGCCUAGUAGAAUGACUUUUCCGUGUAUGAGACAUAAGCCAUUCUCUAUUUGCUGCUCAAAGCAAUCUCCAUGGGAACCUCCACCUGUCACUUAUGUUCCUAGUGAUAAUAUUGAAGAUAGAUUUCUGGAAGGAACAACCAAUAUAUUUGAAACCAUGUCUUCCGGUAAACCAGCUGAAUCUUCAUUAACUGAGGCUGAAGGGCUCACUGAUGUAAAAAGCCAGCCACCAUUGCAGCUCCAAUACCUUCGAUGGCCUGUGUGGCUUCUUGGCCCUGUCAUUCUCUUAGCCACUGGGAUGGUGCCCACUUUGUGGUUACCUAUUUCAUCAGUUUUCAUUGGUCCCAAUAUAGCCAGCCUUCUUUCCUUGACUGGACUUGAUUGUAUUUACAAUCUUGGAGCAAACCUAUUUCUCCUGUUAGCCGAUUCUUGUGCUCGCUCACCAGACAGCAGUCAAGAUUCCACCAGCAAGCCGCCUUUCGGUUAUCAGUUAUGGAACAUGGUCGCAAACGUUAUGGGUCUAGUCAUUCCCUUGAUAGUAUAUUUUGCUUCUCAGAACAGUUUCCUUCAACCUCAACUUCCUUUCAUUUCUUAUGCUGUGCUCUUGGGUCCCUAUCUUCUGCUUCUAUCUAUACAGAUACUCACAGAGAUGCUGACAUGGCAUUGGAAGUCACCAGUAUGGUUGGUGACACCAGUAGUUUAUGAAGCGUAUCGUGUUUUACAACUAAUGAGGGGGUUAAAGCUCAGUGCAGAACUCAAUGCACCAUCAUGGAUGCUGCAUACCAUUAGGGGGCUAGUCUGCUGGUGGGUUCUCAUUCUUGGCAUGCAGCUCAUGAGAGUCGCUUGGUAUGCUGGUUUCACUGCUCGGGCUCAUCAGAAACAGCUCCAUCUUGCCCAACGCUGAUUAGGUCCAAAUCAUGCAACUUCCUUUUCGGGUUUAAAGAAAAUGGUUGUAUAUGUAAUUCAAUUGUUACACACUUCCUUCAUUUCCCCCCUUUUCUUCCCAUUUCUUGUUAUUGUUAUGUUAUACAUAAGAAGUUGGCCUUCAGAGAUUACAACUAUGAUGUAUGAUACCAGAAAAGAAACAGUAAAAAAGCUUAUUCAACUAGAUAU